UCGAUCUCGACGCGGGGUCGACAGCAUAUCAAAGCCGCCUGUGAUGAGUGCCGACGGCGCAAGCUGCGGUGUGAUGGGCAGCAACCACUAUGUGGGGGCUGUCAAGAUUCGGGGUCAAUAUGUGAAAUCACCCAGCGCGGGACCAGAGGACCGAGAAAGGGCUACAUCAAAGCGCUGAAGAACCGAGUAGUAGAUCUGGAAGCUAUGCUGGAGAGCCGUAUCGAUCCUCAGCAACAGCAGCACAGCACGGAAACUAGCGACUUUGAU